GCUCUCGCCUGGGCGCUAUCGCCGUCACUAUAGCUGGCACCAGCCUUACCACACCCCAGCGGCCCCUGCCCCGCACGCCGUCCUCCCUCCCGCCUGCGUCGCCAGGUCUCGGCGACGCAAUUAUUGCCGCAGCGAAGCGACAGGUGUGGCGUCAAUGGGGUGGGUCUGACCCUGACUGCCCCCAUCCAUCCGUCGCCUACUUGUCGCGUACUAGCUAGCUCCGGGUGGAGUGGAGCUAGCUAGUCAUGGCAGCCAUCAUCAUAGCCGUAGAGCCAUAGCCACACUUGUCGCUCGUCAUCAAGAGCUGCCGAGAUAGUUGCGGCAGCAGGCAGCACAGUGCCGCUCCGUCCGUCCACGGGCUGUGGCUGUGGUGUGCACACAUAUGCGCCGCCGCCGCUGCCGCUGCCGCCGCCUUGUCGUUUGCCCUGUCGCGGCUCUGCUCGGCUGCGUGGGCUAGUUUACAGCCGGAGUUGUACUUCGCGUUCGCGGCGGGGGGAAGGAGGGGGGGAGUAAAGAAUCGGAGGCGCGCGCGGAUUGGAUGCUGUGCGUGCGCGCGGAGGACGCGCUGGCCGCCGCUGCAGCCGCGGCCGCAGCGUCCGACAAGAUGCGCUCCGUGACCCUGGGCGGGACGAUCCAGAGGGCGGUGCGGAGGAUGGCUGGCGGCGCCGGCCGGAGGAGACCCCACGCCUUGGCGGACUCGGGGACCGCCGACUCGUCGGCGUCAGCAUCGGCCAGCUGCUCCGGGGAUGAUAUCAGCAGCACUGGUAGUGCCAAGAGGGAAGCGGUACAAAGGUGCACCAUGCAUCGGUACAGAUCGCAGCUAGAGCAGGAAGUUAACAAAUUGCAAAGGCAACUCCAAGAAGAGAUUGAUUUGCACAUGGCGUUGACAGAUGCCAUUACAUAUAAUGCGGCGCUGAUACUUAAGGCAUCUAUGAAGCUUCCUGACAAGGCACACGAGCUAUUGAUUAGCAUAUCCUCUCUGGAAACCGCUAUCACAAAGCUUGAAGAGGAUCUACAUCACCUGCACUACCAGUUAUGUGAUGCGAGGAAUGAAAGGCUACUUGCAGAAAAUAAGCCAGAAUGCUUGCUACCUACAGCGUCAGAUUGCCAACCUUCUACAGCUUGCGAUUGUACAAGGGAAGAGCCUGAACAAACAUUAAGAUAUUCGAGAUUCAAAGAUUAUCACCAAGUGGAGGACGGUUUGUCAACUGAACCUGAAGAUCAACAAGAUGACGAAAAAGACGCCGAAGAUGGAGAACAUGUAUCUCUAAAUAUGCUGAUGCAAGAGGCAUGCUCUAUGGAAAAUGAAGGCAAAGAAGAUCAGAAGAUAGAUGCAUUAACAUUUAGUCAGCCCAAUUUCAAGAAAAGCGACAUGAGUGGAAAUUUGUGGAAUAAUCCAAACCAGCUCUCUGAAGAGAUGGUGCGCUCGAUGAAAGAUAUCUUCCUUCAUUUAUCUGCAUCUCCCAAGAUAUCACGAGAGGAGCCUUUUGCUAAUUCAUCUUCAUCAGCAGAACGUCUAUCUGGUUCAACAUUGACUACUUUGUCAGAUUCAUCUAUAAUCGCCUCAGUGCUGCGGAGUCCUUCGAUUGACUGGAACAACGGCGAUGGUAUUAUUGAUGAUGUUAGAAACUUUGACCCGUACAACGUUAAAGGCAAGGAAGCACGGAGAGACGUUGGGAGCUAUUGUUCAGUAGCUGAAGUGUCUUGGAUGUAUAUUGGCAAUGAACAACUUGAAUAUGCAUCCGGAGCUCUUAAAAAGUUCAGGUUUCUUGUGGAGCAACUAUCAAAGGUUGACCCUUCUUGUAUGAACUGUGAUGAACAGAUAGCAUUUUGGGUUAACUUGUACAAUGCAUUAAUAAUGCAUGCUUAUUUGGCAUACGGUGUCCCUGAAAAUGACAUUAAGCUGUUCGCGCUAAUGCAAAAGGCCUGUUACACGAUCGGCGGGCAGCCUGUCAGUGCAGCCGAAAUAGAGUUUGUGAUUCUGAAGAUGAAGACACCGGUGCACCGGCCACAGCUCUCCUUGAUGCUGGCCCUUCACAAGUUUAAAACGUCAGAGAACCUCAGGAGAUAUUCAAUCGAUGGCACUGAGCCUCGCGUCCUCUUCGCGCUCUGCUGUGGGAUGUUCUCUUCUCCUGCGGUAAGGAUCUUCUCUGCUGAAAACGUUCGAGCUGAGCUUCAGGAGUCCAUGAGAGACUACAUCCGAGCGUCAGUUGGCAUAAACGACAAGGGAGAGCUCGUAGUCCCCAAGCUACUGCAGAGCUACGCCAAGGGCAUCGUGGAGGACUCCCUGCUCGCCGACUGGAUCUGCCGCCAUCUGACACUAGACCAAGUCGCCGCGAUCCAGGACACGUCGUCGUCGUCGUCGCAUAAGCAGCGGCUUCUUGGAGUGCGCAGCUUCAGCGUCAUCCCGUUCGACUCGAGGUUCCGGUACCUGUUCUUGUCCAACAACACCAGGUGCCAGAAUUGAAACAAGAGUACAAGACUGCAUUGCUAUGCGCAGACAGCCACAGGAGUGGGUGCUUGACAAGUUGACACUUUUUUCGAGAGCUGAAAAUAUUAGCUUUUGCUGUACAUUCUGUAAAUUUUUCCGUUGACUAGGAUUCUUCUUUGUACGUAACAUUCAGCUAACUUUUUGUACAUCAAGCGAACCCAGAAUACAAGUGUAGAUUCGGUGAUGGUUCA